UUGUCUCUUCCAUCCUGCAACCAACACUUCCAUUAUUCAAGGUAUCAGUCAUGGCUCCCAAGCUCUCGGUUGCUGUUCUUCUCCUCUGUGUCGGCGUGUGCGUGGCUCGCAACAGCGACUUCUCCAUCGUCGGCUACUCGGAGGAGGACCUGUCGUCGCACGACAGGCUCAUCGAGCUGUUCGAGAAGUGGCUGGCCAAGCACCAGAAGGCGUACGCGAGCUUCGAGGAGAAGCUGCACCGGUUCGAGGUGUUCAAGGACAACCUGAAGCUCAUCGACGAGAUCAACCGGGAGGUGACCAGCUACUGGCUUGGUCUCAAUGAGUUCGCCGACCUCACCCACGACGAGUUCAAGGCCGCCUACCUUGGCCUCAGCCCUCCUCCGGCUAGCCGGAGCAGUAGCCGGAGCUUCAGGUACGAGGACUUGUCUGCCCACGACUUGCCGAAGGAGGUUGACUGGAGGAAGAAGGGCGCGGUGACGGACGUGAAGAACCAGGGGCAGUGCGGCAGCUGCUGGGCAUUCUCGACCGUGGCGGCGGUGGAGGGGAUCAACGCGAUCGUGACGGGCAACCUGACGGCGCUAUCGGAGCAGGAGCUCAUCGACUGCAGCGUCGACGGCAACAGUGGCUGCAACGGCGGUAUGAUGGACUAUGCCUUCUCCUACAUCGCCUCCAGCGGCGGCCUCCACACCGAGGAGGCCUAUCCGUACCUUAUGGAGGAAGGCAGCUGCGGCGACGGCAAGAAGAGUGAGUCUGAGGCGGUGUCGAUCAGCGGCUACGAGGACGUGCCGGCAAAGGACGAGCAGGCGCUGAUCAAGGCGCUCGCACACCAGCCCGUCUCCGUCGCCAUUGAGGCCUCCGGCAGGCACUUCCAGUUCUACAGCGGGGGGGUUUUCGAUGGUCCGUGCGGCGCGCAUCUGGAUCACGGGGUGGCGGCGGUCGGGUACGGGUCGGACAAGGGCAAGGGGCACGACUACAUCAUUGUGAAGAACUCGUGGGGAGCCAAGUGGGGCGAGAAGGGGUACAUCAGGAUGAAGAGGGGCACCGGCAAGGGCGAGGGCCUCUGCGGCAUCAACAAGAUGGCCUCCUACCCAACCAAGGACAACUGAUGAUGACCUAGGCUCCUGAUGUUCCAGGCUGAGAUGCUGCAUCCAGAGGAUGCACUGAACCAUCCUUGAGAGUCGUCGUUCCUUGUCUUUCAAAAAGAGAGUCGUCGUUCCUCGUCUUUGCAUUUCCCAUGUUUUUUCUCUUGUGCUGUUUCUUUCGGUUAACACGACGACGAUGGCUGGAAUAAGAAAAAAAAUGUUUUCAUCU